UUAAGAAGUUUGAUUGAAUCAAGAAGUCCAGAAGCCCCUUUAAUAAUUCGGCCAGAUUCCGGAAACCCUCUGGACACAGUUUUAAAGGUUCUGGAGAUUUUAGGAAAAAAAUUCCCUUUGCAAGAAAACUCCAGAGGGUACAAGGUCUUGCCUCCUUACAUUCGUGUAAUACAGGGAGACGGUGUGGACAUAAAUACUCUGCAAGAGAUCGUAGAAGGCAUGAAGAAGCAUAAAUGGAGCAUUGAGAAUAUUGCAUUUGGAUCUGGAGGGGCCCUGCUGCAGAAACUGACUAGAGACCUAUUAAACUGCUCAUUUAAAUGUAGCUAUGUGGUGACAAAUGGCCUUGGGGUAAAUGUUUUUAAAGAUCCUGUGGCUGACCCAAACAAAAGAUCUAAGAAAGGGCGAUUAUCUCUUCACAAAUCUGCAAAUUCAUUUGUGACCCUUGAAGAAGGGAAAGGGGAUCUAGAGGAAUACGGCCCAGAUCUUCUCCACACGGUGUUCAAGAACGGGAAGGUAAUUGCAUGUUACUCGUUUGAUGAUGUAAGAAGCAAUGCAGGGCUGAAGAACCGAGAGCUGGAAGAAGAGAUUCACUAG